AUGGGAUCAGGACAUUCGAAAGAGAAAGAGAAUGCCCUCAGUAUGGGACGGCUCCGAGAGGACAUGAAAUUGUACAAAUUGGUCGAUAUGCAUGGUGGUGGUGAACUGUUACCAUGGUUUAGUAGUGGUGAUUAUUCGUUGAUCGAUGGUUAUAUGGAAACCAAAGUUCGGGAUUCUAUGUACAACCAAGGAAAGGGCAAAUUGGUUACGGUAACAGAACUUGUAAAAAUUCGAAAUAAGGAAAGGAACGAAAGGCUUAGCGCUUUCUCACGAAAGAAAGGAAAAGGCAAAAGCGGACCGAAUGUGUUGGACGAGUUUAAGCAAGAGGGCGAGAAUGUGGGAGAUCUGAAGAAAGCCUUGAAACUGCUCGAUGGUGGAGGAAAAGGAGGGCGAGGCGAAUCGAAGUAUCGAGAAAUCACAUGGAAACUGGAAGAGCGAGGUGCUAUGGGUGAAACAAUAAUAGGAAUCUGCUUGCUUCAAGGAACUGAUGUGCACAACAAGUUGGCCAUGAAAAUCAUCGAAGCCUUCCCAAAAUUAAUCAAUGACAUUAAUAUAUCUGAAGAUUUUUAUGGGCUCACACCUCUCCAUCAAGCCGUUAUCAAUCAAGAUUGCCAUAUGGUCUAUGUGCUGCUUAAGAAAGGUGCUGAUGUGAAUUCACGCUGUUACGGGGCAUUUUUCUGUGCGGAAGAUCAGAAAGCUGGUCGAACGGAUUCGCUCGAGCACGAAUAUGUGGAAUUGUCUUUAAAAACGAAUUACUCCGGACAUAUGUAUUUCGGAGAAUAUCCGCUGUCGUUUGCGGCUUGCAUGAAUCAUCCGGACUGUUAUCGGCUUCUCAUUGCCUAUAAAGCAAAUCCAAAUGCUCAAGAUACCAACGGCAAUACCGUACUACAUAUGUGUGUAAUACACGAGAAUAUGGAAAUGUUCCGUCUCGCAAUGGAAUCUGGUGCCCGGCUAAACAUUGCCAAUAAACAGAAUCUCACACCUCUGACGUUAGCUGCAAAACUGGCGAAAAAACAGGUAUUCAUGGAGAUCCUCGAACUCGAAGGUGAUUCAGUGUGGGCUUAUGGAGGAUCGGCCUCUACGGCCUAUCCACUGGCAAAAAUCGAUACAAUCAAUGAAGUAACUGGAGAGCUGAAUGAAGCCAGUGCACUGUCAUUAGUUGUCUACGGAGAGAAAAAGGAGCAUCUUGAUCUGUUGGAUGGUCUUUUGGAAACGGUAUUAGAAGCAAAAUGGCAAGCAUUCGGAAAGCGAAGUAUGUUGCGAUCUCUGUUGGCGUUCACCUUCUUCUACAUUUUCGUAGUUGCAGCUUUCUCUCUGCGUCCAGUACCAGAAUCAACGGCUCAACUCACGUGGGGAUGGAUUACUUUUCAUGGACAGCCUAUAAAAGGGCCAUACUAUCCAGGAGAGGUCCCGAUCGUACCGACUGCUCAAGGAAUGCAGCCAUACCGGGUCCAGCUCACAGAAUGUCAUUUGCGUAAUUACUGGGACCCGAACUUGUCGAUAUGGAGUGGAUGGGUACGUGGCGGUACAGAAGCCGUGAUCCUUUUGUGUACAAUCGUUCAGAUCUUUUUUGAAAUCAAAGACAUGAAACGAAUUGGAAAAGGAAAGUGGUGGGCCAUUCAUAAAGAGUUUCCUGCUAAGCUUGCCUACAAAUUCUCGUUCGUGCUUAUACUGUUGAUGAUUCCCAUAAGAGCUGCAUGCGGUGUUAGUGCUAAUCUUCUUGUUGUCGACAAUGUCUUGGCAACAGUUGUUAUUCUGUUUACAUCCAUUCACUACUUGUAUUAUUGCAGGGCCAUAAAAUUUGUUGGACCCUUCGUACUCAUGGUGUACACCAUUAUUGCAACAGAUAUUCGACGUUUUUUAAUGAUAUAUGGUAUUUUCCUAAUUGGAUUCUCACAGGCAUUCUAUUUGGUAUUUUUGAGCUGUGAACGUGCCGAGAAUUUGCAGCAUUACAAUUCUUCUAGUCCGGAUCGAUUCCAAAACGUAAUACAGAAUCCAUGGGAAGCAUUCAUCCGAACCUUUAUCCUUACCAUUGGAGAAUUUACCGUACUCUACAGGAAUUUGGCUAUGUGUCCAGCAAAGAUUAUGAUCUGGAUAGGAAAGCUUGGAGUAUCGAUUCUACAGUUCAAUCUGCUUAUCGCCAUGAUGACAAGGACCUAUGAAACUAUUUACCGUACAAGGAAGGAGUAUAAACGACAGUGGGCUCAAGUCAUUCUCAUGUUGGAGCUUUCCUUGGCUCCUAAGGAUCGUCUAAUGUAUCUUCUUGAGUAUUCCCGUCCAACGGGCACAAACAAGAAAGUCCGCAGUUUUGUGGUGAACAAAUUCCCAAGUGAUGGCAAGACACCGGAGGAGGUGCUACUAGCUAAAGAAGAGAAAGCAAAGAGGGUCAUAGAGGAAAGGAAAGUUGUGCUGAAGCGACGAUUGAAGAAUGCCUGUGGCAUUAGCAUGUCGGUAAUUUUAAACUUUGCAAACUUCGAAAUCAUUUAA